GAGCUCAAGAAGGUGAAGUUGGCAGCGGUUGAGUUCUCAGAUUAUGCACUUGUUUGGUGGGAUCAACUGGUAACGAGUAGGAGAAGAAACAAUGAGCCAUCUAUUCAAUCUUGGCAGGAGAUGAAGGCUGUGAUGCGGAAACGUUUUGUGCCAACUCAUUACUACCGUGAGCUUUUUAACAAGUUGCAGACCUUGAGGCAGGGCAGUCGGAGUGUGGAUGAGUAUUAUAAGGAGAUGGAGGUUGCCAUGAUUAGAGCCAAUGUGGAGGAGGAGCGAGAGGCGACCAUGGCCAGAUUCUUGGCUGGGCUGCAUUGGGAUAUUCGUGAUAAGGUGGAGUUGCAGCACUACGUUGAGUUGGAGGACAUGGUCCACAUGGCCAUCAAGAUAGAGACUCAACUCAAGCGGAGGGGCAACAACAGCAGCAACCAGCGCCAGACUCAGGGCAAGUGGAGGUCGUCGCAACCCGUUGCCAGCGGUUCUUCGUCCAGAGGGAUCCCCUGGCAGAAGGAAGCCCCGCCGCGCGAGGAGAAAAAGCAAUUUGUUCGGUCCCGACCAGAGGGCUCCGGUGCAGCGAAUCAGGGUAGUCCGACCGUUGUCGAUGGUCGAAAUCGCGAUAAGAAGUGUUUUAAGUGCCAAGGGUUCGGGCAUAUUAUGAGUGACUGUCCGAACAGGAGACUCAUGAUAAUGCGCGAUGACGGCGAAGUUGUGACGGAUGGGGAUGACACCGACCCUGAUAUGCCGAAAUUGGAGGAUGUCGAUGAUACCGCUGAUGAGGAGGAAUGUGAGGAGAUUUUUGCGCCCAAUGGACAACUUUUUGUAGCUCGGCGAGCCUUGAGUGUCCAAACUCCACCCCCGGAACGUGAGCAGAGGGAGAAUCUUUUCCACACGAGAUGUCUUGUUCAAGACAAGGUAUGUAGUGUGAUCAUCGAUGGCGGGAGUUGCACGAAUGUGGCUAGUAGAGCCCUGGUUGAGAGAUUGGGGCUAACCUCGGAGAAGCAUCCCAAGCCGUAUCGUUUACAGUGGCUAAAUGAGACUGGCAUUAUCAGAGUGACCAAGCAAGUGAAGGUCCCUUUUCGCAUUGGGACGUAUGAGGAUGCGGUGGUGUGUGAUGUGAUCCCUAUGCAAGCGAGCCACAUCCUGUUGGGGCGCCCGUGGCAAUUUGAUCGCCGUGAGUUUGUUGAUGUUUUCCCCAACGAUACACCUACCGGUUUACCACCACUUCGCGGGAUUGAGCAUCAGAUUGACUUUGUGCCCGGUGCUACUUUGCCAAACAGACCAGCCUACCGCACCAACCCGGAGGAGACGAAGGAGUUGGAGAGGCAGAUUGGUGAGUUGUUGGCCAAAGGGCAUGUGAGGGAAAGCCUGAGCCCUUGUGCGGUACCAGUUCUCCUUGUACCAAAGAAGGACUCGUCGUGGAGGUUUGUUGUUAGUGCACAAGGUGUACAGGUUGAUGAGGAGAAGAUCCGAGCAAUCCAAGAGUGGCCAACACCGAGGAACAUUGCAGCAGUUCGAAGCUUUCAUGGUCUUGCUAGCUUCUAUAGGCGAUUCGUGCCUCACUUCAGCAGUAUUGCCGCACCUCUGACAGAAGUCAUCAAGAAGAAUGUGGAAUUUAAAUGGGACAAAGCGCAAGAGGAUGCAUUUCAGCAGUUAAAAUACAAAUUGACCCAUGCCCCGGUAUUAUCUCUUCCAAAUUUCUCCAAAUCUUUUGAGAUUGAAUGUGAUGCUUCUGGUGUUGGUAUUGGUGCAGUGUUGAUGCAAGAGAGACGACCCAUUGCGUAUUUCAGCGAGAAGUUAAAUGGGGCAACGUUGAGUUAUCCAACGUAUGAUAAGGAGUUGUAUGCAUUGGUGAGAGCUUUGCAAACAUGGCAGCACUACUUGUGGCCCAACGAGUUUGUCAUUCACACGGACCAUGAGUCGUUGAAACACUUGAAAGGCCAACACAAGUUGAACAAGCGACACGCGAGGUGGAUGGAGUUCAUUGAGACGUUUCCCUACGUCAUCAAAUACAAGCAAGGUAAGGAGAAUGUUGUGGCUGAUGCACUUUCUCGAAGGCAUGAUGAUUUUCUUUUUAGGAGGAAUAAGUUAUGCGUGCCGCAAUGUUCUUUACGAGAAUUGUUAUUGCUUGAGUCUCAUGGUGGGGGUUUGAUGGGACACUUUGGCAUUGCUAAGACUUUGGCUGUUCUGCAUGAACAUUUCUUUUGGCCUCAUAUGAAACGUGAUGUUGAGAGAAUUUGUGGUCGAUGUGUUACAUGUAAACAAGCUAAGUCUAGGGUGAGUUCCCAUGGUUUGUAUACACCAUUGCCUAUUCCUCACGCACCUUGGAUUGAUAUUUCUAUGGAUUUUGUGUUAGGUUUGCCUAGGACUAAGCGUGGUCGUGACUCCAUCUUUGUAGUUGUUGACAGAUUUUCUAAGAUGGCACAUUUUAUUCCUUGUCAUAAAUCUGAUGAUGCAUCUCAUGUGGCUGAUCUUUUCUUUAGAGAGAUUGUUAGAUUACAUGGCAUGCCUAGAACUAUUGUUUCUGAUCGGGAUUCGAAGUUUUUGAGCUAUUUUUGGAAGACUUUGUGGUGCAAGUUGGGUACUAAACUUUUGUUUUCUACUACUUGUCAUCCACAAACUGAUGGUCAAACAGAAGUAGUGAAUAGGACUUUGUCUACCUUACUUCGAGCUAUUAUUAAAAAGAACAUUAAGUCGUGGGAAGAGUGUCUUCCUCAUGUGGAAUUCGCUUAUAACCGUGCUGUUCAUUCUGCCACUAAGUUUUCUCCAUUUGAAAUCGCGUAUGGAUUUAACCCUUUGACACCUUUGGAUUUGACUCCGUUACCCGAGAUUGGGCUGCACAUGCGCAAGGAAAGAUUUCCAGAGCAGAGGCGCUCCAAGUUACUCCCUCGGGGCGAUGGUCCAUUCCAAGUAUUGGAACGGAUCAAUGAUAAUGCCUACAAACUAGAUUUACCCGGUGAGUAUAAUGUGAGCGCUACAUUCAAUGUUACUGACUUAAGUCCCUUUGAUGUAGGCGACGCUGUGGAUUUGAGGACAAAUCCUUUUCAAGAGAGGGGGAAUGAUGCAGUUCAGAGUAGAGGUCAGGAUGCGGAGCAAAGCCGAAUUUCAGAGGCUACACAGAGUGAAGAUCCGGUGCACGUGCCCGUUGGUCCAGUGACGAGAGCUAGGGCCAGGACGUUCAAGGCCAAUUUAAUGACAUUGGUGGAGGAAAUCUGGAGGCAGGAGCUGAAAAGGCCAAUUGGAGAAGGACCGACGGAUCAGAGUUCAAAGGUGGUAAACCUUAUUGCUUACCGAGUUGAACCACCAGAGAAGUCUCGAUUCCUCUGGCCUUGCCAGAGCAGCGGAAUCGUUACCCCCGGGAAGAAGCGACUGGGCAGAGAACUCACGUUGAUCUUCCGCGUAUAA